AGUACAGAAUUUUAGUUAACACAGAAACAUUCGUCUUGCUUGUAGCAGUCGGUUGGUUGUAGUAUGAACGUUACUAUUAUGGAAAGUUAGCCAUUUGCUUUGACCAACAGAAACCAUUACAAAAUACUCGUGUGCUACAUUGAUAAAAUUGGUGCAAAAAAUUAUUUUCCUCAUUGUUUUGGUGCUUGAACGUUAAGAGUUCUUUUUUUUUUUUGUUUGCAAGUGAUAUUUUGUACAAUAGAAUGGAAGAUUCAAAAUUAACCAAAUCAAAUAAUCCAAAGACCAACUACAACCUCGCUGUAGUCACUCACUGUCCGAGUCAGCAAACUGCAACAAUAGUUAUGGUUGAGAAACCUAGUGUAUUUAGCGGAAUAUUCAAAAAUUUCCCCAUCUCUAACAAAGAUAAACAAGAUAAACAGGCCCAAAAAACGUUAGACGAUAGGACAAAAUUCCUUAUAGUGUUCUUCGUAAUUCUUAUACUAUUUUUAUGCAGUGUAACUGGAUUUUUUGUAAUGUGGUUCACCGAUAUGUACAACAAUUCUAUCAUAUCUGAUCUAGUUCUAACAAAAAAUUCAGAAGCCUUUAAAUGGUGGACAAAUCCACCAUUAAAUCCUGAAUUACGAAUACAUCUAUUUAACUACACAAAUGCGGACCGAUACAUGAGGGGUCUGGAUAAAAAACUGAAAGUUGAAGAUCUCGGUCCGUACACUUACAUAGAAACAUUUGGAAAGGUCAACGUAACAUUUAACGGCAACUACACGAUUUCAUACAGAGAAAAUCGGACGUACACAUUCUCGCCGGAAAAGUCGAAAGGGCGUCAAUACGACAAAAUCACGUUACCUAACAUUGCAUUCCUAACAGCGUCAGCAUAUCUUCGAAACGAAGGUCGAAUGAAGCAGAUGGGUGCGAAUUUGCUCAUCACUGGACCGAGAGCAUUUAAGACACUUACUGCCCAUGAGUUUAUUUGGGGAUACAAAGAACCAAUUUUGGAGCUUAAAAACUCGUUUAAAGUCGGAGAUAGCAAUAUACCGAACGACGAUACAUUUGGAAUGUUAAGGACGCGAAAUGGAACCAGUGAGGAUGUAAUGACAAUUUUUACCGGUGAAGAUGACCUUCGCAAACUAUCCCUCAUCGACAGAUUUAACGGCCAACCAAAAAUGAAUUAUUGGUCGACCGAUGAAUGCAAUCAGCUCGACGGAACGGAUGGCUCACAAUUUCCUCCACAUUUAAUGGAUAAGGAGCAGCCGUUACAAGUGUUUAUCAAAGCAUUCUGUCGAAAAUUUCCGCUGGUUUACGAGAAAGAAGUGAACAUUCUGAAUGGCAUACCUGCGUGGCGAUAUAAAGCACCACAGAACGUUCUCGCUCAUCCAGAUAAUAACUCAGCGAACGCAUGCUACUGUGAUGUAACGACGAAUAACUGUCCACCGAGCGGCAUAUUCAAUGCCAGUCUAUGUUUCGGCGCCCCAAUAUUCUCAUCGUUUCCACACUUUUACACGGGCGAUCCGAAACUAUACGAAAAUAUUGAAGGACUAGAACCUGAUGAGAAAAAACAUUUAACCUAUGCAGACAUUCAUCCAAGACUGGCCUUUCCGAUUAGCGGUGCGUCUAGAUUCCAAAUGAACAUACAAGUACAAAAGGCGUACUGGCUAGCAGGAAUGGCGGAACUGAAAGAAGGACAAUAUUUACCGAUAUUAUGGAUGGAAGUUACGUCCGGCAAGUUGUCAGAAGAACUAAGGACUAUGAUUUAUCAUUCAACAUUUACGGCAAAUGCAAUUCAAUUGUCUCUUCGAUACGGGUCUCUUUUAAUUAGUGCUACUACCAUGGCAAUGCUAGUCGCAGUUUGCUAUUACAACGAUAAAAAUGUACAAUUUUUACAAAAAACUCAGACCACUACAUAGUAGCUAGCAAUAAAAUGUUGUUUUAUGAA